AUGGAGCAAAUGAGCAAGAGGGAGCUAUUUAUAAGCAAGUCAGGGUCAAUGCAAAAGAGCGGUGCAAUCGUGGCCAUUGGAUCGUUGCCAAAUCCUGACAGAUGGUCCAAAUUGCGCCAAAAAAUGCAGCGAACAACAUGUUGUUACGGGCAACGACGUGUAGUUGGAAUCAAAUCGGGUCAGCAAGACUCGUUUAGAAAACACGCGAAUCCUCAAUCGAGUCGGGUCCGCCUCAUGGGUCCACUAACGACCACACCUUGUCACGUCAUCCGUUGUCAGUCCACGCCUCAUUCGUCCGAUCAGCUACUUCAAUGGGCCAUCGACGCUCCAGGAUGCACCACGUGUCAUUGUGACGAGGGCAAAGAACUCGGACUAGGGGACUGGGUGCAGUCCAACUGCUUGCAUGUCAGAGAGCGAGGGCACUUCAUGAUUGGCGUGUUGAGCUCUCAGAAAACAUGGCGGCAUCGAACGGUGAUGGUUUCUAGAAGUUGGGAAUCAGCACCUGAUGAGGCCAUGGAGAGGAACAUCCCCAGGACUUGCCAAACAAUCGAUGGUUGUUCUGGGGCAAGUCGCUCGCUUAGAUCCUAA